CUGCAGAUGUCAAAAAUUAUCUAAUACAUCCAUGUACAUCUCCCAUGAGAUUUCUGCAUCUCUCGUGUCAACUUGUCAGAGCGACUCAGUCUCGCGCUAUUUAUGAGGAGCUCUCCCUCGGUGGGUGUCACAGGUCUGAUGCUGCAGUUGCUGCUUCCUGUAUUGAAGCACCAUAAGACAGAGCCUUUUCGUUUCAGAGCCCCACAAAACACGGAGGAAUUUAUUGCUCGGACGCUGCCGUCCUGCAGAGGGAGGCCAGCCGAGUCGGUCUGCCGGUGUAGCUGCAGGGAAAACUGCGGCGGCCCGUGUCUUGUGGAAGCUGAGAAGCGAGGGGCUGCACAUUAGGACUGAGAGACGCAGGGCACGAUUUCUACAGGAGCUGGUGCUAGCUUGUAGCAGCUAGUUGGGUAAUAGCAGCAGGUAGAUAACCUAGAAGAACCAGAACAAUAUAAAUGUGUUAACUCUAAAAACUAUAGAUGCAGCGGAAAGCUACCUGACUUUUAAAGAGCAUCUCGGCAUGAUACGGUUUAACGUUACCCAAAUAGCUGACUAACAUGCUGCCGAAAGUAUCCUAACUUUGCUAACGUUAGCUAGCCAAGUUACUAGCCACCAAGAGCUGAUCCGGUUGCUUUUCCAGGCUGAGUUUUGAAUAAGGAGAAGGCUAGAAUAGCAGCCUCCUAGCUCACUGCGGGUUAGUGCAUUCUUUGAGAAAGUCAUUUAGGUUAUUUAUUGAAAUGGCUCCCAAAAGAAGACCCGUGCCCCUGAACAUAACGCCCAUCGGGGAAGGACAGGCCACCUCAAACACGAUUGACGCUGCAUCUGAAGCCAACCUUGAGGCCUUACAAAAGAAACUGGGUGAGUUGGACCUGGACGAACAACAGAGGAAACGACUGGAGGCCUUUCUGACCCAGAAAGCUCAGGUUGGGGAGCUGAAGGAUGAGGAUUUUGACCCCAUAUGUGAAUUGGGUGCUGGAAACGGAGGAGUAGUUAACAAGGUCCGCCACAAACCCUCAGGAUUGGUCAUGGCCCGAAAGUUGAUCCACCUGGAAAUCAAACCUGCCAUCAGAAACCAGAUUAUCAGAGAGCUUCAAGUGCUGCAUGAAUGCAACUCCCCCUACAUUGUGGGCUUCUAUGGAGCCUUUUACAGCGAUGGGGAGAUCAGCAUCUGUAUGGAGCACAUGGAUGGUGGAUCCUUGGACCAGGUCCUGAAGGAAGCCAGAAGAAUCCCAGAAGAGAUCCUGGGGAAAGUUAGCAUAGCUGUAUUGAGGGGAUUAGCCUACCUACGGGAGAAGCACCAGAUCAUGCACAGAGAUGUGAAGCCCUCCAACAUCCUGGUCAACUCUCGCGGGGAGAUCAAGCUGUGUGACUUUGGUGUGAGCGGCCAGCUCAUAGAUUCCAUGGCCAACUCCUUUGUUGGAACGCGCUCCUACAUGUCGCCGGAGAGACUGCAGGGCACUCACUACUCCGUUCAGUCUGACGUGUGGAGCAUGGGUCUGUCCCUGGUGGAGUUGGCGAUUGGCCGCUACCCCAUCCCCCCACCAGAAGCAAAAGAGCUGGAGGCCAUCUUCGGACGUGCCAUUAUGGACGGGGCUGAGGGAGAGCCUCACACUAACAUGCAAAGGCCCAGACCACCGGGCAGACCCGUGAGCGGUCAUGGGAUGGACAGCAGACCAGCGAUGGCCAUCUUUGAACUUUUGGACUACAUUGUGAAUGAGCCACCCCCUAAACUGCCACUUGGGGUAUUCACCAAUGACUUUCAGGACUUUGUGACAAAAUGUUUGAUCAAAAACCCAGCUGAAAGGGCAGAUCUGAAGAUGUUGAUGAGUCACACGUUCAUCAAAAGAUCAGAAGUGGAGGAAGUGGACUUUGCUGGCUGGUUGUGCAAAACCAUGGGCCUCAACCAGCCCAGUACUCCCACCCGCGGCACUGAGUGAACAGGCCCCCACUGCCCUGACACACCUUCGGUCUUGCUUGCAUACACAUCAAUAUACUGCACAUAUACAUGUACACAAGCCCUCACUCAAAUUGGCACUUUUUUCUAUCUUGCUCUCUGGGAAAACGGUCUCCCCCCCACAUUUAUUUCUUAACCAGCAACAGGGCCCGUUGAGUCAUUGUACCCCAGCUUCACUGUGCUAGUGUUAAGAGUAGCCACAGCUCACGUUUCCACACUGCAACAGUGGAUGUAAAGCACUGAAUGGCUGUCAGUGUGUUUACUGAAUUUGCAUUGAUUGACAAACUUCUUUUGUAUUGUUGACUAUAAGGUAUUCAUUUUUUUUUUAAAUAUAUAAUGGCAAAAGUUCAUGGCUUGUGGCCUACCUUCUUUAGAGAUUUCCAAAAAAAGAAAUAUCACCUACUCGCAAAUUCUAAAUUGGGUUUUAUCGAAGGUAAAUACUUUUAUUUUGAUUUAAAAUCCUUUUGUUAAAUGCAUUCAUUUUAAAAAGACCAGAGACCGCGUGCGUGCGGAGUCAUUUUUGCUUUUUGGUAAAUGAGCAUUUACUCUAAAGAUCCCUUUGUGAACAAUGUCACAAACCAAAGAGGGUACUCGUGAUUAAACGUUUUCAAUGCCUGAUCUUUUUUUUUUUGUAUGCACAUUCAUGAACAGUAUAUUGAUGUACUUUGAACUUUUUGAUUUUUUUUCAGGCGUUGAAAUUACUUCCUCAACGUGCAUCCAACACUGUGGCUGUCACAUGGAAGGAGUCAUAUGCUGUGGAUGCCUGAUAUAUGCUAGAAUGUCAUGAAUUGACAUUGAGAAAACAUUGAUCGAAAUGUAUUCAUGGGAUGAUAAAGCAUGGUUUAUCUUUCUAAUACUGUAUGUGUAUUUUAUUUCCCAAGAUCAUGAUUGGGAUGAUUAUCUAUUUUUAUCAAAAGCCUGAAUCUUUGCAAUGACAAUAUGAAAUUUCAAUCAUGUUGACUUUUUUCCCCCCUCUUUGUUGUUAGUCUGUACUUUCCCCUGAAGUGUAUUUGGUUAUGUUUUCGCUGUACUGCUAUGUGUGGCGCUCCAAGCUUUCUCUUGGGACACAACCAGCCUAGAGGCGUGCUUUUGGAAAAGUGUUAUAAUUCAUCUGACAACCCUUACCCUUACGUGUGAUUUAACCUAAUUAAUUAUGGUGAAAAUACAACCCAACAUUGAGUGGCACUUCAGACGUUUCAAGUACUACAAAGGGUUUGACUGAACAUUUUAACCCAGGUCAGUGUUGCUCACAUGGUGGUGUUAUUUGCUAGCCUACCGUCUUGCAAGAGCUGUUGGAUUCUCUGCUUAUGGCUGCCCUUUAUUCCCAGGAAAAGUGCAUUUGUUCAGAGCAAAAUGGAUGCAUUGUCACAUGUAUGUAUACAAAGCUAUAUACAAAAAUUACAGGAGAACUAUUUUGGAGUCUUAAUAUACAAAUUUUUGAUUUAUGUAAAUGACAAGGGAGAAGAGUCAUUUUAUUAUAAUAUAAAAAUGUGUUGGAUAUGGUUAUAAUGUAUAAAAAGAUUAAAAUA